UAACAUAACACAAUUUCAAACCCGUCCUCCGCAUCGCACAUGUCUACCACGUUAUAAGUGCCUACUAGAAGUUCUUAUCUCAAGAACAUAGAGACCAUUUUCGACUGGUUGGUAACACACUGAAGUUGGCCAAAGAUGCGUUCGAUAAGCGAAAUACACACAGCCAGACGGUUGUUGGAGCGAGCGCGAGCAAGCUGGCCCACAGGCCACAGCGGGGGUGAAGGGUGGCCAAGAAGGACGCACCCAACACGCUCGCCCGCCAGUGCCACGCGCGCCGCGCAAGUUCUCGAACGUGCUCUUCGCACAAAAAGCGCGAGAAACCAAAAUGGCUGACAAUGUUGUGUUCCCUCGCAAACUACUAACAAGAUUCAUAGCUUUAUAUAAAGAUCAGCCUUGUUUAUGGGACAAAACUUGUCAAGCGUACAAAUUGAAACGAAAAAGGAACGAAGCCAUCACAAAAUUAACAGAAUUGGUUCAGGAAUAUGAUCCGGCGGCUACUAAAGUGCAUAUUUUGAGGAAGAUUGAAAGUUUGCGCGCAUGCGUUCGGCGGGAAUAUAAAAAAGUUCAAGACAGUCGAGCGAAGGCAACAAGCUCCGACCAGAUUUAUGUGCCGCAUUUGUGGUAUUAUGACAUGUUUACAUUCGUGUUCGGGGAGGACGGGAGCAACUAUAAAACGAAGCCGGGUUCGCCGGCGGCGUCGACGGGGCAGAAUGAGGAAUCGGACGAAGACCAGCCUGAGGAAGAGAGCUACGAGCAGACAGGGAAUUAUGCGGCAGAGUACAAUGUGGAGACCAGCAUGAUAGAAGACUCCAGGCAAUACUACGAGGACACGAAGAAGCGGACCGAGGUUGACGACGAGUAUGAUGCGAUAGGUAUAAACGUAGCAGCGAAACUAAGAACCCUGCCACCAAACAUGAGGAUAUUAGCCGAAAAGCUGAUUAACGAUGUCCUCUUUCAAGCACAGAUGCACGGACUUAGUUCAUCCACCGUCAUAAGUACUCCAGAUCCCUUCAAAUAAUUCUCUUAGAGAUACAGACAGUAGCGUACAGCCAAAAUUCCUACAAUACAGCACUUGUAUUGUUUGAUAGUUGUGGGGAUUUAAGUAAAUUUUGGGAAUGAGAUAAGUAGUAAAUCAUUAUUAUAAAUUUUUAAUUAAUAAUUUUGUUUUUUCUCUGUAAUCAUUAUGCCCUACAUGUAACCUUUCUAAGAGAUUAUUGUAAUUAAGAAGCGAUAAAAAUUGAUGACGGUGAGAAGUACAAUCCUUAUGUAUUCAUUAGAUAUUUCAAAUACAAGGCCUCUUCUCA